CCCGCCCCGCCCCCUCCGCGGGGUCCUGCGCGUUAAAAGGCGCGCGCGCUGGCCGUACUGCACUUGCGUUGCACCGGGGCAGAGUGCGGGCUGCGACGGGGCGGGCGGACUCUCGGGUGCUCAGAGCGGGUCUCAGGUCCUCUGCACCUGGAGCUCGAAUCCCCCCAUCCCUAACUCCACCAACCCGAACCCCGACCCCGACCCGGCCGGCCCGGCCCCCGCCCCAGCCCCCUCGGGCCGAUGGACUACUCCUACCUCAAUUCGUACGACUCGUGCGUGGCGGCCAUGGAGGCGUCCGCCUACGGCGACUUCGGCGCCUGCAGCCAGCCUGGCGGCUUCCAAUACAGUCCCCUGCGGCCUGCCUUCCCCGCCGCGGGGCCACCUUGCCCCGCACUCGGCUCCUCCAACUGUGCACUUGGCGCCCUACGCGACCACCAGCCCGCGCCCUACUCGGCAGUGCCCUACAAGUUCUUCCCGGAGCCGUCGGGCCUGCAUGAGAAACGCAAGCAGCGGCGUAUCCGCACAACGUUCACGAGUGCACAGCUCAAGGAGUUGGAGCGCGUCUUCGCCGAAACCCACUACCCCGACAUUUACACGCGGGAGGAACUGGCGCUCAAGAUCGACCUCACUGAGGCUCGCGUGCAGGUCUGGUUCCAGAACCGCCGGGCCAAGUUCCGCAAACAGGAGCGCGCGGCCAGCGCCAAAGGCGCAGCGGGAGCGACGGGAGCCAAAAAGGGCGAGGCGCGCUGCUCGUCCGAGGACGACGACUCCAAGGAGUCCACGUGCAGCCCCACGCCUGACAGCACAGCGUCGCUGCCGCCGCCGCCCGCACCCAGCCUGGCCAGCCCACGCCUGAGCCCCAGCCCUCUGCCCGCCGCGCUGGGCUCGGGACCCGGGCCCCAGCCACUCAAGGGCGCGUUGUGGGCCGGGGUGGCAGGCGGCGGGGGCGGCGGCCCAGGCGCAGGAGCAGCAGAGCUGCUUAAGGCUUGGCAGCCGGCGGAACCGGGGCCCGGGCCCUUUUCUGGAGUUCUGUCCUCUUUUCACCGGAAGCCGGGCCCCGCCCUGAAGACAAACCUCUUCUAGCCGCGGGCGUCUGGAGGCACCUAGCCUGCCCCAAGAGACAUCCCUACCCUACUGGACCCGACAGUCCCUCCCUAUCCUGGCCACCUGCCUGGAAGCGCCCCGUCGCCCCCCACUGCCUAGUGUCUGAUCCCUAGAUGUGGCCUCCCCUUCGUUGUAAAACAACCAAGGGCCACUCUUGUCCUCACU